UUGUGCUCUGUGGGACGAACGAUGACAAGACGCUGCUGACCUUUUUUCCUAGGUGGUCAGCGAGCGUCAAUUGUCAUUGACGUUGAAUGUUGCUAAACUUUACAGUCCCUCGGAAGCUGAAUGAUCAGUGGCAAUCACGAAGCGACAAUGAUUUCGCCCGACACCUUUUCGACACCCUUUGCCAUGACGCGGCUUCAACCCCGAAGCUCUCCUCUGAGUUGUGCCCUACAUGUGUCGACACUUGGGCCAAUAUUUGGGACACGGAAUUCUCAAUUUCCGAUCAGAUGGCCGAGCUUCGCAAACGAUCCGAAGACUGUACUCUUUGCAGUCUGCUUUACCAGGCGGCGAAGGACGUUGGCCUCAGCGAUAGCGACAAUCUCAGAUGCCAUCGAGUGGAGUCGACGAUACGAGUAGAGCCUGAUGGCCCAACUAUUUUAUCCAUCUACGCCGACCCUGAUGACCAUGACCCAGCCCCAUCUUACGCGCAACUGGGUUACGCCCAACUCCCGCAACCGAGCAGCGACUUUCAAAUCGCACUGUUCAAGGAAUGGCUACGAGUGUGCCAAGAACAGCACAACCACCAGUUCAAGUGCGAGGAUGAGUUCCCUACCCGCGUUCUUGACGUUGGAACCCCGGAACACCCCCAAAUUCGCCUUCGUGAUGGGACAGAAGCCAUCUCGAAGCGUUAUGUUGCGUUGAGUCACUGCUGGGGUACCGGGCCGUGUUUCAAAACCCUCAAGAACAACAUCGAUCAUUUCAAGAAGCACAUCGAAUUCGAGGAGCUCCCAAAGACCUUCAGAGAUGCCGUCAAAGUUACCAGGGCUCUAGGCUUCCACUAUCUCUGGAUCGAUUCCCUGUGCAUCAUUCAAGAUGACCUCCUUGAUUGGGAACGAGAAGCCGCCUCCAUGGGGCAUGUUUUCAGCUCUGCCAGCGUCACGAUUGCUGCUAGCUCUGCCAGGUCAUCUGCCGAGGGCUUUUUGCCAGCCAAAAGGGAGCGGCAACCACGUGUCACCGUCAGAACAGCGUCAAAAGGGACCGCCUUUAUCUGCACGUCCAUCAAUGACUUUCACCAGGACGUUGAGAAGUCUGCUCUGAACAAACGGGGUUGGGUCUUGCAGGAGAGAGCGCUCGCACGUCGCACCCUUCACUUUACGUCAUCUCAAGUCUAUUGGGAGUGUGGAAACGGUAUUCACUGCGAAAGCAUGAUGAAGCUGGGGAAUCCCAGAGCUGCCUUCCUAGGAGAUUCUGACUUCCCGAACUCGGCUCUGGGCUAUUUCAAGGGAGCAAGAAUCCUUCUUUUUCAGAAUCUGUACCAGACAUACUCAGCGCUCGAUUUCACCCACAUGACUGAUCGCUCCAUCGCCAUCAAGGGCCUUGAGGAAAGACUCGUAAAGGCCUUCAACACCAAAGGUGGCUUCGGAAUCUUCGAACGGUACUUGCACAGGAGUCUCCUUUGGCAAAGGGAUAGCGAGUCAGCUUUGGUCCACAUCGCUCAUCCUCCGGGGAGACACAUACCCUCUUGGUCUUGGAUGGCAUACAGCGGCCGUAUCUCUUAUUUGGAAGCGCCAUUUGAUCGAAUCGAGUGGCAAGAUCAUGUUCAGUCACCUCUCACCAGCGAAAGCGGACUCAAGCAGCACUGGAAGGCUGACCAAAUUUCCAUCGUCAGUCACACGCUACGAGGUCCCAUGAGGAAGCUGAAGCUGGAAGCAACAGAGCUGGAUGAAAGGAUAACCUUUGACCAAGAAGAACGGACAGCAGUCAGAGAUCUGCGGUGUAUUGUCCUUGGGGUAAAAAGAUUGGCAAGCCUGUCAGCAAUUGCGGAACACUACGUUCUUAUCAUCAAACCAGCUUCAUCCGGAGAAACAAAACAGUACACAAGGGCGGGGGUGGGCAGUUUGCUUCCGGAGCACAUAUCGGAGGACGCCGAAAUUGAAGUUUUUGUAUCUUAGGCCCAGCCUAUUUGUUUCGUCUCCUGUUUCCUUCCACCGUAUA